AUGGAUACCGAAAUAUGUAGAAACUUCGUUUAUUUAACGACGAAAUUUCCCGAUAAUUUGGUUGAUGGAAAGUAUAAUUUUGUAGACGAUGUACAUUUCAAAGAGUAUUGUUAUGAUAAUUGUAAUAAUAAUAUCGGAAAAAUUAAUGCUGUAUCUUUAUAUUUGUUUAAUGAGUUCUUUGGGGAAUCUUCUUCAUUUAAGAAUCAUAAUAAAAUCAAUAUUGUUGAAUAUAUUAUGAUAUGGUUAAGUUAUAUGUUAAGCCUAAUCGAAAAUAAUGAUAACAGCGUCAGCAAUCUAGACCAUUUUUUUAAAGUAUAUAUAGAUGGUGGUAGUUAUUAUAAUAGUUAUAAGAAUCUUAUAGAGAAAAAAAAAUAUUUUUUGAAUAUGGAUAAGAGCAUUAUAUCUAAAUUUUAUAAUGCGUUUAAAUCAUUAUGCAACUUGUAUACUCAAAUUGAUAAAGACAAUCAUAAUUGCAUGAAUUAUUUGAAAGACGAUAACGAAUUUAAUAAAAAUUAUGAAAAGCUUAAGAAUGAUUCUAAUAUUACUAAAAACGAAUCAUACAGACAACUAUUGUCUACUUUAUUAAAUGAUUAUAAUAAUUUAAAAAAUAAAUGUAACGGUACUUCAUUUCCAUCAAUAGCAAGCAAAUUAUUUAUAGUUUUAUCGAUAUUUGGUGCAAUAGGAAUUUUUUUAGGAGUUUCUUAUAAGUAUUCGUUAUUUGGAUUUCGGAAAAAAGUUCAAAAACAAAAAUUAAGAGAAAAAAUAAAAAAUAUAAAGAAGAUAAUGAAUCAUUAA